AUGCCGAAUGGCGCCGUUUGCUUUUCGUCCCAAACCUCCCUGGAGAACGAAGAGGAAAAGAUCCUUCUCGCUCAGCAAGAGAUGUUGGCCAAACUAGCACACCUUCAAAAACAGAAGAGACUGCUGAAGAAGCGUGCGGGUAAUUUCAUCGCCCGUGAUUAUAAAGAAAUUGCUGAGUUGGAGGAGCUCGAGCGUCGCAAGGCGGAGGAAUUGCAGCGCCUUGAGGACGAACGCCUCGAGUCCGAGCGAAAAGAGCGUCCUUACGGCGACGUCUGA